GGCGGGGCAGGGAGGCUGCGGGUCUUCGACGGCGCGGAGCGCUCCCCUCGCUCAGUCUCCGCACGCACCGCGACGCGGGGGGACGGUGGGCGCUCUCGGGCCUGGGCCUUCUCGCUCCGGCCCCUGGCUCCUGGGCGGGCUGGAGCCCGGGAGAGCGGAGGCGUGGACCUGGAACCCAGGAAAGCGGCGAUGGAGCGGAGACCACGGAGGAGGUCGCGGGGCGGCGCGCGCUCGGCGCCCGGGCGGGGCCCCGCGUCCGAGCCCCCCGCGGCCCGGCCCCCGGCGGUCCGCCCCCCGGCGGUCUGCCCCACCGCGUCCGGACGCCCAGGGUCCCGGCCCGCGGAGCCGCGGGGCGCGAAGCUCUGGCUCUUCCCCAGCGCCCCGGGUCUCCGCAGCGCGCUGGCCGGGAGGGCCGAGGCGACCCGCCAGAUGUGCUGCACGGGCGGGCGCCUGGCGGUGCUGGAGCGCGGCGGGGCCGGCGUGGAGGUCCACCAGCUGCCGGCCGGGAGCGACGGCGCGAGGAAGCCGAAGUGCAUUAAGUUAGGAAAAAAAAUGAAGAUACAUUCCAUGGACCAAGGAGCGGAGCACAUGCUGAUUCUCUCCUCCGAUGGAAAACCGUUUGAGUACAACUAUAGCAUAAAACAUGCAAGGUUUCAGUGUAUUUUACAAGAAAAAAUUAUAAUUCAGAUCACAUGUGGAGAUUAUCAUUCUCUGGCACUCUCCAAAGGUGGUGAGCUUUUUGCGUGGGGAGAGAACCUGCACGGCCAGCUGGGCGUCGGAAGGAGGAUCGCCUCGACCCCCACACCCCAGAUGGUGGAGCAUCUCUAUGGGGUCCCCUUGGCUCAGAUCUCUGCCGGCGGAGCCCACAGCAUGGCCUUAUCCAUGUCCGGAAACGUUUACUCCUGGGGAAGAAAUCAUUUUGGACAGCUGGGCUUGGGCCACACUUACGAGGCAGAUUCUCCUUCCCGUAUCGAAGCACUGGACGGUCGGCACGUUGAAUUUCUCGCUUGUGGAGCCUCUCACACGGCCCUGCUCACGAAGGAUGGGCUGGUGUUGACUUUUGGUGAUGGAAGAUGUGGGCAGCUCGGACACAAUUCAACACAGAAUGAGUUAAGACCCCGCUUGGUGACUGAGCUUGUUGGGAAGAGAGUGACCCAGAUGGCGUGUGGAAGGGAGCACACACUCGCCUAUGUUUCUGAUUUGGGGAAGGUGUUUGCUUUUGGUUCUGGAACAGAAGGACAGCUGGGAAACGGUGGAACACAUAAUCAGCUGAUACCACGUCCCAUGAAAUUGCCAUCAAAUGAAGAACUCAAAUUUGAAAGCCGCACCUCAGAAAAGGAGUUAAUAAUGACUGCUGGAGGGAAUCAGAGCAUUUUGCUUUGGAUGGAAAAAGAGAACUCCUAUGUUAAUCUGAGGAGGAAAAUUCCUACCUUAAAUGAAGGCACUGUAAAGAGAUGGAUUGCUGAUGUGGGGACCAAACAGUGGCAAAACACAAAAAGGGAAAUCAGAGAGAUAUUUUCAUCUCCUGCAUGUCUGGCUGGAAGCUUUUUAAGGGAAAGAAUAACCGGGGGAAAGACGUCUGUUCAUCUGGACUUAAACACAGCAAGGACCACCCUGAACGAGUUAACCCGGAAGGACUGCAUUACCAACACGGUGAUAACCGCAUGUCUCAGGGAGAAUCUGCUCAAAGCGCUUCCGUGCCCUUCUCCACACCGAGAAGCUGUCGAGGUCUUCUUCCUUCUCCCGGAGUGUCCCGUGAUGCAUGAUGACAACAACUGGGAGAGCCUGGUGGUUCCAUUCGCGGAGGCCGUUGGGAAGAUGAGCGACCCGUCAUCCGGGGUCCUGGAGGAACAUUGGGCAUCUCUAGAAGAAUCUGCUUUCAUCAGUCUGGUCCAGAUGUUUAAAAGAGCCAUCGUCGCUCAGCUGCGUUGUUGGACUAAAAGCGCCGAGAGUAACUGUCACAUUAAAGCUCUCCUGGAACUUUUGAAAAAGCUGCACAGGGUCAACCAGACUAAAUGUCACCUGCCUGAAAGCAUCUUCACAGUAAACGAACUCACAGACUACCUUGACUUUCGUGAAGAUGCAUGUAGGAGGUCCCUUUGGAAAGUGAGCUCAGACACUUCAGUAGACAUCCAGUAUCCUGUCAUAUUCAGUCACUUUCCAUUUAUCUUUAAUAUUCUGUCGAAAAUUAAACUCCUGCAUGCAGAUUCACUUUUAAAAAUACAGCAGAAGAAAAUACGAGCCUAUAUGCCAUUGGCCGGCAUCCUGGGACAAGAAGGGUCUGAAUUAGCGCGCCUGCCCACCGUGAACCUGCUAGUGAGAAGGGGUCACUUGAUCGAGGAUGUGUUGAGUCAGCUAAGUCGAUACGAGAAUGAAGAUCUGAGGAGAGAGUUACGGGUGUCCUUCAGUGGAGAAAUCGCCUAUGACUUUGGAGGGGUCCGGGCAGAGUUCUUCCACUGUCUGUUUGAAGAACUGACCCAGCCGGAGUACGGCUUGUUCAUGUACCCCGAAGACGCUUCCUGCAUGUGGUUUCCUGCCAGGCCUAAAUUUGAGAAUAAGAGUUAUUUCUUCUUUGGGAUUCUUUGUGGACUUUCUCUGUUCAAUUGCAAUGUUGCCAACAUCCCUUUCCCACUGGCUCUGUUUAAGAAACUGUUGGACCAAGUGCCGUCGUUGGAAGACUUGAAAGAACUCAGCCCUGUUUUGGGACGGAGUUUGCAAACACUCCUGGAUUAUGAAGACGACGACUUUGGAGAAAUAUUUCAUGUCCAUUUUAACAUGCAUUGGGACAAAAACAGCGUGGACCUAAUUCCUCGUGGAAGUGACGUCAUCGUCAACCAGACUAACAAGAGAGAGUAUAUUUCUAAGUAUGUCGACUAUGUCUUCAACAUCUCUGUGAAGGAAGUUUAUGAAGAGUUUCAAAGAGGAUUUUACAGAGUGUGUGACAAGGAGAUUAUUGAAUUUUUCCAUCCCGAAGAACUCAAGGAUGUCAUUAUUGGAAAUACAGACUAUGACUGGGAAACAUUUGAAAAGAAUGCACAUUAUGAGCAAGGGUAUGACAAUUCACAUCCCACCAUAGUGAUGUUUUGGAAGGCUUUGCAUAAACUUACAUUGGAGGAAAAGAAGAAAUUCCUUGUGUUUCUCACAGGAACUGACAGAAUUCAAGUAAAAGGUUUAAAGAACAUGAAAAUAACAUUUUGCUGUCCUGAAACUAUGAAUGAAAAAGAUCCCAUCAGAGCACAGACCUGUUUUAGUGUCCUCUACCUCCCGAAGUACUCUACGAUGGAAAGAGUCGAAGAAGCCCUUCAAGUGGCCAUCAGCAACCACAGGGGAUUUGGCUGACCCGCCCUCACACUCUACCCCUUUGGAGGAAUAGCUUCAGAAAUUAAAAUUAAUGCAGAAGUUAA